CCAAACACAAUUCACUAAACCCAUCUUAGUCUUCUCUGAUAGCACCAUAAACUUAUACAUUUUACCAACUCCUACAAAACCACAAAUUUGUUUCCAUUUACAAUUUCAGAUAUGGAGAUUUCAGUGCCUUUUUUCCGUCUAGCCAUGGCAUUGGCAAUGACUGUGGUCUUGGCUAUGCCCGUCUAUGGCCAAGUUGGUUCCCCUUGCAAUGCUUCGGCGAUUUCUAGCUUGACCCCUUGCAUGAGUUUUCUCACUAAUAGCAGCUCCAAUGGCACCUCACCAACCGCAGACUGCUGCAAUUCACUAAAAGCCCUCACAAGUACCAGCAGAGAUUGCUUUUGCCUAAUUGUAACUGGAAGUGUUCCCUUCCAACUACCGAUCAACCGUUCUCUAGCCAUCUCUCUCCCUCGUGCCUGCAACAUCCCCGGCGUCCCACUCCAAUGCCAAGCCACAGUUGCACCUAUUCCUGCUCCAGGUCCUAGCUCCCUUGCGCCAACCCUCUCUCCUGGAGCUUCACCAUCUGGUCCAACAGCUUCCUCUGUCCCAGAGCCAACCUCAUCUGCUCUGUCACCAGAAUCCGACACAACACCACUUUUAACUCCGCCAUCUACAACAGAAGGCUCUGGAGCUCCAACCUCAACUACAGGGAGCCGCCCUGUUCUGACUCCUUCGGCUGCCUUUACCUCUUGUCGUCUCUCACCCUCUCUUAUGCUUUUUGCAUCAGGCAUUCUGGCUUUGAAGUUUUUCUAGGCUGAUUAUGUUCAUCUCUAUACAUAUUUCCAUACAUUAUUUGAGAAAUAUUCUUUUGUUGGUAUGAGUGUGACUAUUGUUUUAGGCUAGUUUAGAUCAUUGCAACCCAUGUUGGG